AUGGUUGUGGAACCGAACCAUAUAACACAGGCUACUAGGCAAAAAACACCACACGACAAUGUAAACAUUCCGCCUGGACGCAGUAUAUUCGUCGAACGUUUCUUCGGUUCGUUCGACUGGAGGGAGUUUGCUUGCGGUUGUGGAGCUGCUUUCGUAAAUAUUGGCAUCACAUAUCCUAUAUAUAAAAUGAUUUUUCGACAAAUAUUGCAUGAUGUACCCAUAACAUCGGCAUUUAGCCAGCUGCGGCAUGAAGGACUAAUGUUUUUGUAUCGCGGUAUGUUUCCACCUCUCGCCCAGAAAACUAUAUCGCUGUCAGUGAUGUUCGGCAUCUUUGAUGGUACAAGGCGAUAUCUAGUUGAUGACUACCAUAUGAAUGCGUACAAAGCAAAAAUUAUUGCCGGAAUUGCAGCAGGAACGGUAGAAACAAUUUUAUUGCCGUUUGAGCGGGUUCAGACAUUGCUGGCGCAUUCGAAAUAUCAUGAGCAUUUUGCGAAUACGCAUCUUGCUUUUAGAUACGUUCUCACAAAUCAUGGAUUUAAGGAACUGUAUAGAGGGAUUGUACCUGUACUAUGGAGAAAUGGCCCUUCUAAUGCACUGUUUUUCAUAUUGCGAGAAGAAGCUAGUGAACGUUUACCUCAAAGAUCAUCAUUAUCCACAAAAGCUGCACAAGAAUUUGUUUCCGGUGCCAUUAUAGGAGCCAGUAUAAGUACAAUAUUUUAUCCAUUAAAUGUCAUCAAGGUGGCAAUGCAAAGUGAUAUGGGACACGCUGCAGAAAGUAUGACACAAUCAUUUUUAAAAAUAUAUCGCGAACGUGGUAACAGCAUUGCACAUUUCUACCGUGGCUGCGGAUUUAAUACGGCACGAUCAUUCGUAAGUUGGGGUGUCAUGAAUGCGGCCUAUGAAAAUAUGAAAAAAGUUAUAACGCCCAACGUGUAUUUGGAAAUUCGAACUGAGAAUUAAAAACAUGGACGAUAAUGCAGAUGAUAUACACCCAACGAUUUAUUGAUACCAAUGGCCAAAGGUAU